ACUCUGGUGGCAGAGUGCCUGCAGCUGCUGAAACCUCUUGAGCUGAACCCCCCCUCCACGCCGCUGAGACUCCCAGUUCAACAUGUCCAGGAAGGUUGUGAGGUCCAGCAAGUUCCGCCACGUCUUCGGUCAGGCCGUGAAGGCCGACCAGUGCUACGAUGACAUCCGCAUCUCCCAGAUGACCUGGGACAGCAACUUCUGCUCCGUUAACCCCAAGUUCGUGGCCAUGAUCGUGGACGCCAGCGGUGGAGGGGCCUUCAUGGUUCUGCCCCUGACCAAGACCGGACGUAUUGACAUGUCCUACCCCACCGUCUGCGGCCACACAGGUCCAGUCCUGGACAUUGAGUUCUGCCCCCACAACGACAACAUCAUUGCCAGUGGUUCUGAGGACUGCAGCGUCAUGAUCUGGGAGAUCCCGGACGGCGGGCUGACCUCGUCGCUGACAGAACCUGUUGUCAAACUGGACGGACACUCGAAACGAGUCGGCAUCCUGAGCUGGCACCCCACCGCCCACAACGUGCUGAUGAGCGCAGGCUGCGACAACGUGCUGAUCCUGUGGAACGUGGCUCGGGGGGAGGCGGUGAUGAGGUUUGACAGCGAGCACACAGACCUCAUCUACAGCGCCUGCUGGAACCAGGAUGGGUCCAGGAUCCUCACCUCCUGUAAGGACAAGACCCUGCGGGUGCUAGACCCUCGCAAGGGCACCGUCCUCUUAGAGAAGGAGAAACCUCACGAGGGCUCCAGGCCCGUCCGGGCCGUGUUCGUGUCCGACGGGAAGAUCCUGAGCACCGGCUUCAGUCGCAUGAGCGAGCGGCAGGUGGCGCUGUGGGAUCCGAGCAACUUUUCGGAGCCUCUGACCCUGCAGGAGCUGGACACCAGCAGCGGCGUCCUCCUGCCGUUUUUUGACCCAGACACCGGGAUCGUCUACCUCUGUGGCAAGGGCGACAGCAGCAUCCGUUACUUCGAAGUGACAGACGAAGCUCCGUACGUCCACUACCUGUCCAUGUACAGCAGCAAGGAGAGCCAGAAGGGCAUGGGCUACAUGCCCAAGAGGGGCCUGGAGGUCAACAAAUGUGAAAUCGCCAGGUUCUACAAACUCCACGAGAGGAAGUGUGAGCCCAUAGUGAUGACGGUGCCGCGCAAGUCGGACCUGUUCCAGGAGGAUCUGUACCCGGACACCAUCGGUCCUGAGCCCUCGGUUGAGGCGGACGAGUGGUUCGGUGGGAAGGAAGCGCCGCCGGUUCUGAUUUCCCUGAAGGACGGGUUCACGGCCACCACCAAAGCCAAAGAGUUCAAAGUUCACAAGAGUCUCCUGAAGACCACGACGGCUUCUGCCGGGAGUCAUCCGAGCAGCAGCGAGGACGUCCAGUCUUUGAAGAAGGAGCUGAAGGGCCUGAAAGCAGCCGUAGAGGAGCUGACCAAGCGCGUGAAAGAGCUGGAGAGCAAACAUUGAAGGAUAAACGUUUGGCUGUAAACAAAUAAACAACAAUAAAACCCGAGCAGUGGUCUGCGGAGCCAAA